GAGGGGAAAAGAGCACAGCAUGAUCUUCUCCUAGUUGUUUUCACAAAGUUUUUCUUCUUUUUUAUAUUCCAAAACUCAAAGUUCUAGCCAUGGCUGCAUCUUUCUCGGUGCCUUCAAUGAUAAUGGAAGAAGAAGGGAGAUUCGAAGCUGAAGUUGCAGAGGUGCAAGCAUGGUGGAACUCGGAGAGGUUCAAGCUAACUCGACGACCGUACUCAGCUCGAGAUGUUGUGGCUUUACGAGGCAACCUCAAGCAGAGCUAUGGCUCGAACGAGAUGGCGAAGAAGUUAUGGAGAACGCUCAAGACACACCAAGCCAACGGCACUGCGUCCAGGACUUUUGGUGCACUUGACCCUGUCCAAGUAACCAUGAUGGCUAAGCAUUUGGACUCUAUUUAUGUCUCCGGUUGGCAAUGCUCCUCCACUCACACCACCACCAACGAGCCAGGUCCGGACCUCGCCGACUACCCUUACGAUACCGUCCCAAACAAAGUCGAACACCUUUUCUUUGCACAACAGUACCAUGACCGUAAACAAAGAGAGGCACGAAUGAGUAUGAGCCGGGAGGAACGGGCUCGAACCCCUUAUGUUGAUUACCUGAAGCCGAUCAUUGCCGAUGGUGAUACCGGCUUCGGUGGCACCACAGCGACUGUUAAGCUUUGCAAGCUUUUCGUCGAGCGCGGUGCUGCGGGUGUACAUAUUGAGGACCAGUCGUCUGUGACCAAAAAAUGUGGUCACAUGGCUGGUAAAGUGCUUGUUGCUGUUAGUGAACACAUUAACAGGCUCGUCGCCGCGAGGUUGCAGUUUGAUGUUAUGGGAGUCGAGACGGUGCUGGUGGCUCGAACCGACGCCGUCGCGGCUACUUUGAUCCAAACCAAUGUGGACACCAGGGAUCAUCAGUUCAUUCUCGGUGUGACGAAUCCGAACCUUAAGGGGAAAAGUCUGGCCACUAUGCUGGCUGAAGGAAUGGCUGCUGGUAGAAAUGGCCCUGAACUUCAGGCCAUUGAAGACAACUGGUUAGCCAUGGCACAACUUAAGACAUUCUCAGAAUUUGUUGUGGACACCAUCAAGAACAUGAACAUCACCGAAGACGAGAAGAGGAGGCGGAUGAACGAAUGGAUGAACCAUUCGAGUUACGAUAAUUGCCUAUCAAAUGAACAAGCCAGGGAGAUUGCCGAAAGAUUGGGUCUCAAAAAUCUUUUCUGGGACUGGGACUUGCCAAGGACCAGAGAAGGGUUCUACAGGUUCAAAGGAUCCGUAAUGGCAGCCGUUGUUCGUGGUCGCGCUUUUGCGCCUCAUGCAGACCUUAUUUGGAUGGAGACAUCGAGCCCCGACCUCAUCGAGUGCACCAAAUUCGCCGGAGGAGUGAAGUCAAUGCACCCAGAACUCAUGUUGGCCUACAAUCUGUCCCCAUCUUUCAAUUGGGAUGCAUCGGGGAUGACCGACGAACAGAUGAAGGACUUCAUUCCAAGAAUUGCCAAGCUCGGUUUCUGUUGGCAGUUCAUAACGUUAGCCGGUUUCCACGCGGAUGCAUUGGUGACCGACACGUUCGCGAGAGAUUUCGCAACGAGGGGGAUGCUUGCAUAUGUGGAGAGGAUCCAAAGGGAAGAAAGGAACAAUGGAGUGGACACAUUGGCUCACCAGAAAUGGUCCGGUGCAAACUUUUACGAUCGAUAUCUCAAGACGGUCCAAGGAGGCAUAGCAUCGACAGCAGCCAUGGGCAAAGGUGUGACUGAGGAGCAAUUCAAGGAAACAUGGACCAGACCAGGAGCAGGGGACAUUGGAACCGAAGGCAAUACGAUUGUGGCUAAGGCUAGAAUGUGAGACUAAAGCAAAAGUGAGCUCAAGGAU